UCAUCCCCAAUUAUUGAAAAUCUCCGUAUUUUUAUUGUACCGUGACACUCUAGACGAAGUAAGCCAUCCACCCCAUAAGUUGGAAGAUGAGGAUUGAGGACUGUCCUCACCAUAUACUGUACAAAAUUAACUUCCACCACCAUCAACCUAGAGAGAGAAAGUGAACUAAAAUGGAACUCCACAUCCUCCUCUUCUGCCUCACCCUCCUCUGGUUCCUCAUCAAACCCUUCCUCCACCGUUCCACCACCACCAAACUCCCACCCGGCCCCACCGGCCUCCCUGUCCUCGGCUCACUCCUCCAACUCGGUCCCAGACCGAACCAAUCCCUCGCGGACUUGUCCAAACUCCACGGCCCACUCAUGACUCUCCGCCUCGGCUCCGUCACCACCAUAGUCGCUUCCUCAGCCGAAACAGCCAAAGAACUCUUCCAAAAACACGACCAAACCCUCUCCGACCGCACCAUCCCCGACGUCAUCACCGCGCAGCCAAACCCCGAGGCCACGCUCGCCUGGGUCUCCGGCAACCACCAGUGGCGCAACCGCCGACGUAUAUGCAACACCCAGAUGUUCACCAUCAAAAGACUGGACUCACUCCAACACUCCCGACACGAAAAAGCCCGGGAACUCGUCGGUCACAUUGCAAAACACUGCGUUUCGGCCACACCAGUCGACAUAGGCCGAGUUGCUUUUGCGACUACAAUUAACAUGAUGUCUCAGACCAUUUUCUCCAUGGACCUGGUUGACCCGGAAUCCGAGUCGGCUCAGGAGUUCAAAGAUAUGGUGUGGAGGAUCAUGGAGGACGCCGGGAAGCCUAACCUGUCGGAUCAUUUUCCGGUGCUCCGGUGGCUUGAUUUGCAGGGAGUGAAGCGGCAUAUAAAGCCUGCCUACAUGAGGUUGCAUGAAGUAUUUGAAGAUGUUAUUGAUAAGCGGUUGAAAUCUAGAGCGUCUGAGGGGAUGACUAAUAGGACUGCUGAUUUCUUGGAUGUGCUUCUUGAUCAGUGUGAUGAAGAGGGUUCAGGUUUUACCAGACAAACCAUCAAGCCUUUGAUUUUGGAUUUGUUCAUCGCCGGGAGCGAUACAUCCGCAAUUACAACCGAAUGGGCAAUGGCAGAACUUCUCCGAAAGCCGGAUGUGCUGCAAAAAGCUCGAAAAGAAAUUGUUGAAACAAUCGGUACAAAAAGACUGGUGACGGAGACAGACAUUGAUCAACUUCCCUAUCUCCAAGCAGUUGUCAAAGAGACCAUGAGACUCCACCCUGCAGCUCCACUUCUCUUGCCAUAUAAAGCCGGAGACGACACCGAAUUACUAGGCUUCACCAUACCUAAGGGCAGCCAAGUCCUGGUGAAUGCGUGGGCAAUUGGUAGAGAUCCAAAAUGUUGGGACAACCCCUUGUCAUUUUCGCCCGAAAGGUUCUUAGACUCGAACCUAGACUACAAAGGCCGAGAUUUCGAAUACAUCCCGUUCGGUGCUGGCCGGAGAAUUUGCCCCGGUAUGCCUCUUGCUGCUCGGAUGGUGAGUUUGAUGUUGGCUUCCAUUAUUCAGUCGUUUGGUUGGAGGUUGCCUGAAGGAACAACUCCGGAAAAUUUAGACAUGGAAGAGCAAUUUGGAGUCACAUUGAAGAAAGCUGUGUCUCUUCUGGUUAUACCUACUGAAAGUGGAGAUGUGUGAGGCUCUAGUUCCUUGCUACAUAGUAUUUAUAAUUCUACUCCUUUAUGUAUAUGUGAUCUUUUCACAAAAAUUAAGUGUUUCAGUUUUGUAAGAUUUAAAACUGCUUAUGAGACAAAGUGGGGUGUGGGCUUAAUUUGGUGUAAUGGAUUACUAUUGUACAAAGGGUUGAAUUACAGGUUUGAAGUAAUAAACUUGGUUUGUCCUUUGACUUGGAAA